CUCUCCUCUUCCUCAUCUUCUCUCGUCCGAUCUUCAAGGUGCCUGGUCUCCUCUUCCAAGAGACAACCAUUCAAGAGCUGCAGACCUGUGGCAGUCGAUUGAUGCUCAGGCGUCCCCCUGCCACGGAUGGGAUCUCGAGGUAAGUGGAAUCAUGAGUUUGUCUUGCAGCUGCCUAUCGUAUUUGGUAAAAACUGGCUUGUGAUCAUACACCUCCUUUCAGUUGAUUUUGUGCGCAGACUAUCUGACCAACGCUUGAAGGCCAGCCAAGGCUCGUUUCUAUUUAUUCCUGCGGAGCUGCGUUCCUUCUUUGGCAUGAUGAACAGCUCUGUUCCUAAGGCAUCUCCAGAUCACCAGCGGACAUUGAGGCUGUCUGGAGCAUAUGGGGGUCAGCUUCAGCUCUAUCUUUUUCCUCAUCGACGACAGCAAGCAAAGGAGCAAAUAGGUAAGCAAUCAUGUCAAAGCAGUGUAAGUGAAGACGUGCCCACCAUUUCCUUCUCGAUCUUUACGCCUAUCCGCUUUAUUUUCGCGCACGCCACUCCACUUCGCGCAUACAUUUCAACCACACACACACACAUACACAAAUACACACAUAUACACAAGCACACACAUAUGUUUUCUGAAGGGGUAGCAACGGCAGAUCACGUCCAUGUUCGUGCACCCUGGGCAAUGACAAGGCCACGCCAUGUUAGCUAAGAGUCUGACCACGCCGUGGCUACAUGGCAGACAAAUCCUGGGAAACAUUGAGACGUAAAGGGGUUUUGUGUACUACAGGAUGCAGACAUCAGGGGCCGUGGCUACACGGCAGACAAGUCCUAGGAAACAAUGAGACGUAAAGGGACUUUGUGCUAUAUUCACGCCACGGAAUCGCGGCAG